AUGUGUCCUCUGAAUGACAGUGGCUUUGUGGAUGCGGAGUACGCGGCGAGAGAUGAGAGUCUGGCAAAAGUGGAGAUCACGCUGCUCAGUGUCAUCUUCGUCAGCGCCACCGUCCUCAACACCGCCGUGCUGCUCGUCCUCUGGAGGCAGCGCAAGCAGAUGUCCAGGAUGCGCGUCUUCGUGUUUCACCUGUGCCUGGCGGACCUGGUGGUCGCCUUCUUCCAGGUGUGCCCGCAGCUCAUGUGGGAGAUCACAGACAGAUUCGCCGGGCCAGACCUGGUGUGCCGUCUGGUGAAGUACCUGCAAGUUCUCGGCAUGUUUUCAUCGACUUACAUGAUCGUGGUGAUGACGGUGGACAGAUACCAAGCUGUGUGCAACCCAAUGGUGAAGUUCCAGCGGACAAGCACAAAACUCAACAUGCCUGUGUGCGUCGCCUGGGGGGUUUCUCUGCUGGGCAGCCUGCCACAGGUUUUCAUUUUCUCAAAGGUCGAGGUUGCACCCGGUGUGCUUGACUGCUGGGCUAAAUUUAUCCAGCCAUGGGGACUGCAGACUUACAUAACCUGGACCACGCUGGUCAUUUUCGUUUUACCUGUUAUUGCAGUUGUUUUUUGCCAAGUGCGCAUCUGCCGGGCAAUCCAGAUCAACCUGUUCCAAAAGACCCAACAGCAGGGCAGGGUGGGUAUCCCGCUGCCAUCCAGAGCCAGCGGUCUGGCCGGCAUGUCCAAAGCCAGGGUCAAGACGCUGAAGAUGACGGUGGUUAUCGUGCUGGCUUAUAUUGUCUGCUGGGCUCCCUUCUUCACUGUCCAGCUUUGGUCCGCCUGGGACACACAUGCGCCAAAAGAAACUGCGACUUUCAGCAUCCUGAUGUUGCUGGCGAGUCUGAACAGCUGCGCGAAUCCCUGCAUUUAUCUUCUGUUCAGCGAUCAGGUUCCCAAAGGGCUGGUGACACUCCUGUGCCAGCGGCAGUUCAAGGGUAAAUAUUCAAUGCAUGAGGAGGCGACGCUGGUCGGCACGUUGUACAUGAACUUCAAAAAUGUCUCUGACUCCAAAUGAGGGCAACGCGUUGCUAGAAAAGGGAAUAACCAGUAUGGAAAAGCGCACGAAGUCGGUGCGCCGUGCGCCUUGCCUCUGAGCUCUCUCUGCGUUUGGACGACUGUUCCUCUCAACAGAGGAAGUGAAGACGGGACAUACAGUGUCCCUGUGCGUCUCUGACAUAUAAACAUAUGGUGUGUCAUUGGAGCAGUCACCAAAAGUAAACCAGAAAUGGGUCUCAAUGAGUGAGAACUGCGCUCCAGAUGUUGCUGGAUGUUGACGGAUGACAAAAGCAAAUUGUGUUGUGUUUGAAUAUUAGGGCCAUAACUCCGGGAAAGUAAAGAAUCAGUAAAGGCUCUGUGGAUCGUUGGUUUGGCUCAUGUAAUCACGCAGUUAUGACUCUGACAUAAAAAAAUACUCUUCACAUUUAACAGGACAUUGCAUUAACAUUUUUGCAUUUUCAAACAGAUUCAGUUAUUGAAUUUCAGAUAAAGAAGAACCUAAGAAUUCACUUGUAUUGUUAUUUUGUGUAUUGGCAAAACUUGUAUUUUGCAUGAGUGGAAUUUGGAGCAAAAUGCCAGUAGCCUGUUAUACUACAGGAUAUUAAAUUAUACCACAAUCCUUUGAGUUGAACUCAAAGACCUUAAGGUAGAUAGAUAGACCUAUAAUGUAUCUCUUACUUUAUUUUCUAAAAACAAAGCAAGCACAACAGUGUUUUCGUGAAUAUAACAGAGAAUAAAUACAAACACAGUGUUUAGAGUAUGAAAUGCAACAUGUGCCUGCUUAAAAAAAGUUUUGACAUAGCUUUAUUUAAAAAUUAUGAAAUA